CAUGGAGCCGCAGGGUUGGCAGCGUCUGUCUGACUCGGAGGAUGAGGAGCCACCAGCGCCGCCUCCUGCCCGCGCCACCUGCUGGAGGAACUUAGCUGGUUUCUGGGUGCUCGGCCUCUGCAAUAACUUUGCCUACGUGGUGAUGCUGAGCGCGGCCCAUGACAUCCUGAGCCAGCAGGGGGCACUGGACACCAACGGGACCACCCAGAGUCCCCCGGUGACACCCCCCAGCGGGAAUGCGUCCAACACCUCCCGCUACGACUGCAACCCCAUCUCCACCGGGGCUGUGCUCUUGGCUGACAUCCUGCCCACCCUGCUCAUCAAAUUCAGUGCCCCCUUCUACAUCCACCGCGUGCCCUAUGGCCCGCGGGUGGCACUCUGCAUCCUUUGUGCCUGGGGCAGUUUCCUGCUGGUCGCCUUCUCCACCACCGUGGCCAUGAGCAUCGGGGGGGUGGUCCUGGCCAGCGUCUCGUCGGGGCUGGGGGAGAUCAGCUUCCUGGCGCUCACGGCUUUCUACCCCAGCGAGGUGGUGUCGUGCUGGUCGUCGGGCACGGGGGGCGCCGGCCUGCUGGGGGCGCUGUCGUACCUGGGGCUGACGCAGGCCGGCCUCAGCCCCCGUCACACCCUACUGCUCAUGCUCAGCCUGCCCCUGGCCAUGCUGCUCAGCUAUUAUUUCCUGCUGGUGCCCUCCCCUGCGGUGCCGCAGUGGCGCUGGAGUGACUCCGCUGUCCUGCACGACCCCCUGCCCACCGCCCGCCAGCCCCUCAUGGGGGGGCCCCCGGCAAAGCAGGGUGGCGGGGGCGCAGAGCUGACGCUGCAGGCCAAGGGGCGUAUUGUGAAGGGUCUCCUGAAAUACCUGCUGCCCCUGGCGCUCGUCUACUUCGCCGAGUAUUUCAUCAACCAGGGCCUGUUUGAGCUGCUGUACUUCCGGGACUCGGCUCUGACACACGCUCAGCAAUAUCGCUGGUACCAGAUGCUCUACCAGGCCGGAGUGUUUGUAUCCCGGUCCUCCCUGCGCUGCGUCCGGAUCCGCCACAUCUGGGUCCUCGCCCUGCUGCAGUGCCUGAACAUGGUGUUCCUCCUGGCCGCCGUUUACUUUAUGUUCCUGCCUAGCAUCUACCUGGUCUUCGCCCUGGUCCUGUACGAGGGGCCUGGAGGUGCCGGCUACGUGAACACCUUCCACAACAUCAGCCUGGAGAGCCCGCCGGAGGAGCGGGAGUUCGCCAUGGGCGUGGGCUGUGUGGCCGACACGCUGGGCAUCUCGCUGGCUGGAGCCGCCGCGUUCCCGGCCCACGACUACUUCUGCCGCCUGCCCUGA